AUGCCGGGUAUCGAAGCUUUCACAUCUGCCAAUGACAUCACUUUGCAGUCGCGUUGCAGAGAUCAAAUAUCUUUCUUGACCCUAGAAGAAAAAGUGUCUCUCCUUUCAGGUGUCAGCUUUACCAGCACCGCCAGUGUUCAACGACUUAACAUCCCGGCCUUGAAGGUAGUCAUCUUCCUUCCUGCCUCCGGAGAAUCUUGA